AUGAACGAAUACGGCUUGGCAUGCGACAACGUCAUCUCGUAUGAAUUGGUCACCGCUUCCGGACUUAUCAUCAACGUCAGCAAGGAUUCGUUUCCAGACCUCUACUGGGCUCUUCGAGGGGGUGGCAACAACUUCGGUAUCGUCACCAAGUUCAACGUCAAUGCUAUCCCCAGAGCGCCAACCAUGUGGGGUGGUAUGCGAGCAUAUUACGGAAACAAAUCCGAGACUCUCAUCAAGGCGUACUACAAUCUCGGCAUGAACGGAAAGAACGACGGAAAGGCACAUCAGAUCUUGUCGUUCGGCUACGGAGCUGAAGUCGGGGAGAUCGCUCAGGUCGAGCUAGAAUACUCGGACCCUAUCACUGACGCACCAGUCCUUGCCGAGUACAAUAGCAUCAAGGGAGCGAUCUCGGACAAAGCUGGAAUCAAUAGUCUCGCAAACCUUACCGCGAAUCUAGCGGCCCCAGGUGCGGCUGCUCGACAGGCGUUCUGGACCUGGACGACUAAGCUUGACCUGGAGAUGGCCACUCUGGCUAAAGACACCUUCUACGAGGAGCUUGACGAUAUCCUCGACGUACCCGGUCUUCUCGGAGCUGUUUCACUCCAGGUGCUGACAGACCCUAUUAUUGAGAAAAGUACCACCAAUGGAGGCAAUGCGCUUGGGCUCGACCCUAAGGACGGCCCUCUCAUGAUAGCUCUUGUUUCCAUGAGUUGGGCCAACAGCGCCGACGAUGACAAAAUGAACAAGUUCCACGCACGCAUCAAGGACCGCUGUGUGGCGACAGCCAAGGCUAAGGGAAAAGCGAACGAAUAUCUGUACAUGAACUACGCCAGCCCGUGGCAGGAUCCCGUUGCUGGAUACGGUUCUGCGAACAAGGCCAGAUUGCAGGCCAUUUCCAAGAAGUAUGAUCCUACCGGUGUGUUUGAGAUUCUCCAACCGGGCUAUUUCAAGCUCAACGGCGCACCACGGAAUGAUUUGUAA